CAGAAACGCAGUGAUUCGUCUCGUGAGGGAAACGUCGCUUCUCUGGCCUCCUUUCAGGGACUCAUCAUGUCCAGUGACCCUCCUCCUCCAUACCCCGGGGGCCCCAAUGCUCCGCUCCUCGAGGAGAAGAACGGACAACCUCUGCAUUCUGCAGGCACUGCUCCAGUAAUGACUGGACCUCCUCAAGGACACCCUCUGCCUCCAGAAUAUGGACCUCCACCUUAUGAAGCCACACAGCAACCUGGCUUCGUCCCUCCACACGUCCCAGGCGAAGGCCCCAUCCCGAAGCCAAUGCAUAUGCCAAUGCCUAUGCCUCAUCCUCAUGGUGGUUACUAUCCUCCCCUUGGGCACUUUCCUCAUACGAUGGGCGAGUAUGCUGGUCCAGGGCCCAGUCACUUUGCUCCAGGGCACACAGCCACAGUUCUGGCUCCUCCAGGUGCCGCCACCACCACCGUGACUGUCCUACAGGGGGAGAUGUUUCAGUCGGCUCCAGUGCAGACGGUUUGCCCACACUGCCAACAGCCCAUCAUUACCCGCAUCAGCCAUGACAUCGGCCUCAUGAACACACUUGUCUGCAUGUUCUGCUUCUUUGUCGGUUGCGACCUAGGUUGCUGCUUGAUCCCCUGCUUGAUCGACGACCUCAAGGACGUGACGCACACCUGCCCGAACUGCAAGGGCUAUAUUUACACAUACAAGCGCAUAUGCUAACAGUUUAUCCCGUCAACAAAUGUGCUGCAACCUGAUGUUGGUGGGUGUCGGCGACUCACUUUCAUUUCCGUCCGCUCCGUUUUCACUUUCCCCCUACCUGACAGCUCAUAUUUCUAGCCAUUGCUCAGUUUAUGUGACCGCAUUUAAUUUACAGGCACAUUUUAUAGUUACAGAUGCACGUCAAAUGAAGAAUUCACUCGAGAAGGCACAUUUUAUAUGCACGAUGGUCAGGGUUACAUCAAAGCACUAUUUUGUUUUUUAUUUAUUAUUUUAGCAGUGAAGUGUAUAUGUGAAAGGGAAUAUGUGAAAAGAGGCUUGCGUAACAAAACUAGGUGAGUUUCAUUCAGGGUCAGUAUUGCUGGAUUCUUAUUUUAUGCAUUAUAGUUUUAUUUUAACCUUAAAAUGGAAUUUUUUCAUAGCUGGUUUUAAAGACAUCGCUCUUACCUGUGUGUCUCUGUGUGUGGCAUUUUAUGCAAAUGUUAUGGAAAUGUAUUUUCCUUUUUUAGUUUUAAUUUCAAUCUCUUGUCUGGAUUUGAUAUGCUUGUAUAUGUAACAUGCAUUGUUGUGCAGACGUGUCAUUUCUAGAUGAAGGGUUUCUAUUUAUAAGGCAUAUAUACAGUAAUGUAUGCCAAUCCAGCCUGAUCUCACGAGAAAACGUUCGUAUUUUACGUUCUGUCAGUUUAGUGGCUAAUUCAUAUGAGUUCUUUCCUAUUAAAUAUACGAUUUUAAAAAGGAGGUGUGGCACCCAACCCCGCCUCUAAACCCAAUCGUCAUUGGGUGAUGAGCAAAUCGUACUAAAUUGUACGAAUUAGAUCGUAUAAAUUCAUACGAAUUAAGCUGCGGUCACCCUUGAGUUUGAGUUUGCGAAAUUCUGUCGUAUGGUGCUGUGAAAAGGGCCGGGAUUAAACAAGAUGAUUAGACAUUUUAAAAAAUGCAAGCGAUUGGUCCGUAUUUAAGAUUUCUGUCCAGAGAGGUCAUGUUUUGGUCCUCGAUUGGUCUCACGCAAUCAAGUGAUGCGAUUUCAAGGUCAGAGUUCACAAAGCUUGAACUUUGCAACGCAGUGACUUGCGAAACUUCAUGCACGAACUUGCGUUUUCGGUCUGAUGCGUUUCCGUGUGUAUGAAUGGAAGUCUAUGGGGAGAGAAGUCCAGUGUGACCGCAGCUUUAGCCACUAAAUGAAAAA